AUGGAGCUCUGCAGCUUCAUGCUGCUGGCUCUAACAACAGCCCUCCUCACCGUCUUCCAACCCGUCGCCCUCAAUAGCAUCUGUCCAUCCUGCACCUUCGCCGAACAAGUCGAGCUCAUCACCGGUACCCUCGCUGUAGCUCUGGACGAAGGCGCCAUCCUACCCUCUUCAUGGAAUUUGUCUCCCGUAUUAGAUGCACAGCCUUGCGCAUCCAAUGAAACCGGCUGCUUCACCGAGGGUGCAUUCCUAGCACCUGUUGACCCAGUCUUAGGUGAGUCCACUUCGGAUCCUGCAUACGGCCUCCCUCCCUUGUUGGAAGUGAACGGCCGACAGGGUCCGUCGUGGCUCGACCAGGCUGGGCAACUUAUUCAGCCGGUCGCGGAUGCGCUUGCUCCUGCUCUUUCUCUCACACACCACAACUCACUGCUUCAAGUUGGCCUGCUUUGGACUGCGAUCAUGAGAGAAUCGUGUAUCUUCUUCCGUUUGAUAUGGGCCAGCGUCCUGUAUAAGGAACGGCAAGACGCCUAUGCACAAGCCAUCGAAGAAAUCAAGUCAAAGCAGGUCCAAGCCAUAGAAAAGAUCACGCUCGUCAUGACUAGAUACGAAAAUCAAGUCUCCAUGAUCUUGAAGCAGUUCGAGAAAGAGCAGGAGCGGCUGUGCACCGACAUACGGGAUAAUAUGCUCGUUAAAAUGGAUGUCUUCGACGCGACUCUGAACACCCAAAUAGAGGCCGAGAUCAACCGCCAGAUGGCUCAUAUGGCUGCCGUGGCGGGAUGCCGUUGGGUACAAUCCAACGGCGGCGGAGUUCGAGGAAGGCCGUCGGAUCCGCCGGCGGCGGGUUAA